GACUCCUCCUCCUCACAUCCUUCCUCCUGCACAUGGAAGAGAGCCAUGCCAGCCCAGCACGGCUGGUCUGCGACAACAGACUCAUCCAGAAGUACAUCGGGGAGGCCAAGGACAUGGAGAAGAGAGCGGGCCAGUGCCAGGCACUGCCUGCGCUCAGCUGCCCCACAGUGCUGCCCUUGGUGGACUUCAGCCUCCAGCAGUGGAAAUCCAAAUCGAAUGAGACCAAGCGGCGGGAGAUCCUCUGUGACCUGGCACUGCUGGUGGGUGCCGUGGCAGGGGCCCAGGACCAGGAGUGCGGGGCCAGGCAGCUGAGCCACCUUUACCAACACGCCAACUCCUUCUUCCUGCUCCUGCAGACCUUCAGCUGGGAGGCAGGACCCUGGGAGCCGGGCUGCUCCUCACGCUCCAUGGAGCAGAUGCAUGUCACCAGCAUCUUCCUCACCUACCGGCAGCUGGUGCAGGGCAAGCUGCGCUUCUUCUUCCACGACCUGGCCAAGGACUUGUGCAAGCAAAGCAGAGACCUUCGGUGUGGGGCCCGGUGA